UCGCUCGGCGGGGGCUGCAAGGAGGGACAGGAGAAGACUGGAUCCUCCGUGUUCAGGCCAACUGCGCCGAGCUCGGCCUGACAGUCCAGCGAAGCCCCACAGUGACCGGGACGCCACAGCGGCAGCACCCCGCGGAUGUAGCUCGAUAUCGGCCGCCGGUUGGUUGUUGAUGACCGCGCAGGGACUGUGACUCUUCGGUGUCACCACAUCAGCAGCUGUCAGCCUAUUAAACGUCAAGACCUCGGAGUUAACGUUGGAUACAGCUGGAUUUACGAAAUACUGUUCGGACCUAAUCAAUCUAGGACCGGCUCGAGAGGGUUGCAGGGCGGCCGCAGAGCCACGGAUCGCCCGCUGACAAGUUGUCAUCAUGGGCAACGCGCCCACGGCCAGGAAGGGCAGCGAGAUGGAAAGUGUCAAGGAGUUCCUUGCUAAAGCCAAAGAGGAUUUCCUCAAGAAGUGGGAGAGCCCUGCACAGAACACUGCUUGCCUGGAGCAGUUUGAGAGGUUGAAAACGCUCGGCACGGGCUCGUUUGGCCGUGUUAUGCUGGUGAGGCACAGAGAAACGGGACAGCAUUAUGCCAUGAAGAUCCUCAACAAGCAGAAGGUGGUGAAGCUCAAGCAGAUAGAGCACACUCUGAAUGAGAAGAGGAUUCUUCAGGCUGUCAGCUUUCCUUUUCUGGUGCGGUUAGAGUACUCAUUCAAGGACAACACUAACCUCUACAUGGUGAUGGAGUAUGUGCCAGGUGGAGAGAUGUUCUCCCAUCUACGGAGAAUUGGCAGAUUUAGUGAGCCUCAUGCUCGGUUCUACGCUGCUCAGAUCGUGCUGACCUUUGAGUAUCUGCACGCUUUGGACCUGAUCUACAGAGACCUGAAACCUGAAAACUUGCUCAUAGACCAACAGGGCUACAUACAGGUUACAGAUUUUGGCUUUGCCAAACGUGUAAAGGGCAGGACCUGGACACUGUGCGGCACCCCGGAAUAUCUGGCCCCAGAGAUUAUUCUCAGCAAGGGGUACAACAAGGCAGUAGACUGGUGGGCACUGGGUGUACUGGUCUAUGAGAUGGCAGCAGGGUAUCCACCUUUCUUUGCUGACCAGCCCAUUCAGAUCUAUGAAAAGAUCGUAUCAGGAAAGGUGCGUUUCCCGUCCCACUUCAGUUCAGACCUGAAGGACCUCCUGAGGAACCUGCUACAGGUGGAUCUCACAAAACGUUUCGGGAACCUUAAGAAUGGGGUCAACGACAUCAAGGGACACAAGUGGUUUUCGACCACUGACUGGAUCGCCAUCUACCAGAAAAAGGUGGAAGCUCCCUUCGUCCCCAAGUUUAAAGGACCAGGCGACACCAGCAACUUUGACGACUACGAGGAGGAGGAGAUCCGCAUUUCCUUCAAUGAGAAAUGUGCCAAGGAGUUUGCUGAGUUCUAGAGUUAGAGAGCGAGAGAGGAAGAAAGAAGGAAGUAGGGAGAGUCAAAGGUAGGCUGGUCAAGUGGGAGACGCAAGGAGAGAGCACCGUCUCCUGUCCAAUCACAAGCACCAGCUACAAAAAGAAGAGAAAUGGGAUAAAGAAGGGGAAAAAAAGAGCAUGGAGACUGAUAACCAGCAGUGUUGCCUUUUCUGUUGCGUUUCUAUUGUAUUUUAUUUAUUAUUCUGUCUUAUUUAUGGAUCCCUUUAUAACGAAGGUGUGCUUCAGAUUCAUGGAUGUUGGGAACCCCUCUUAUUUAGAGUUGCCUCUACACAUUUUACCCCAAGAUCUUCCCCUUCUCUUUUUAUUAUUUCAUUCAUUGUUUACUCACUUUUGUGUCACGAGAUAAACAAAAAACAAAACAAAACAGUCAGUCUGUUUUAAACUUCUGCUCAGUCUGUUAGUGAUUACAUGAAGCCCAUUGAGUCUUGUACAAGUUGAGGUCUCAGUCUGCACAAAAAGUUUCUUAAAUUUAAACUUGGCUCAACUCGCUCGUUCCCUGGUGAGCAGCGGUUUAAACGAAUCACACACACACGCACCUUCAGCUUGAAUGACUUUACGUUUUGCAGUUAUAUCUUUAUUAUUUUCCGUAAAUAUUUCAACCUCCUCCCGUUCACGUUGUAGACAGCAUACACCGAGUCACAAGAGUGAUGGCCAAAAGAAAAAGAAAUCAUGUGACACAUUGUGUGCUCGAGCAGUCCCGAGACAGAUGACACUUGAGGGGGGAAUAAAAGUCAGUCAGUUUACUGUAUAACUCCAUCAAUACUUCUUAUCAUUGUUAGCAUAGCCAGGCUUUGUGCAUAUCUACAGCACUCAGUUUUAAAUGUUAUUAGAGACUAGUUGCUCCAGUGAUAUCAUGCCACGCUAACAAACAAGGGAAUGUGGAUAAGGGAAUGGAAAUAUCUCAGUUUUGAUGGUGUGGUGAAGGAACACCGUCACAUAAUGGUAUCUCAGGUUUGAACAUAUCACUUAAUAGAGACAUCCUGUCAACAUAAUGCAUUGGGAUCAGCAGGUAAUGAAGGUGUGUGAGACACUUAGGAUAGAUAAGGGAAUUUAAAGUUCUGGUGAGGGUCGAGAGGAACAUAAGGGAAUAUUAAGACUUUAGGUUAGCGUCUUCCACAGUUUCCCCCCUUCCAGAAGGUGAUUUUUAUUUUUAUUUUUAACUUGACAACUCUGUUUGGUCUUGGAGCUCAGAGCUCAUUUAGCAGUAAAGUUCAUUCUGCAUGUUGAAUCAGUCGUUUGGCCCCCGCCAACUGAAAGAGACCACCUGAGGCAGACUACCUCAAACUGCUUCUGGCACUAGUUUGGAUCGUGUGCUCUGGCCUGAUGGUCCUUUAUAGAAACCUGUGUUUUUGUUCAAACCCCCCCCCCCCCAGCACCCAGCCCUCAGCCCUCUCCUCUUAUCACUAUCAAUGUUGGACCACACUCAAUGUGACUUACAGUCUUACAUGUUACAACAACUCUUAUUCCCAUGUCUGUGUUUGGAACACGCACAGGUUUUGUUUCAUUUUUGUUUCUCGAUGUGUUUGACCAUGAUGUAAAGAUGGCCGGCGCUCCAGUGAACUGGUUAAGAAAAGGUUGAGCAUCUGGAGCCGAGUGCAGCUUGUUCUAAGAAAAGACAAAAUGUCCUUAGUGCACAGAAUACAACCUGUCUAUUUAAAGUACAUGACACACUUCAGGUGUUAAAUGCCUCCUCAGCUCCCGAGCUAUGACGGCAAAGUGCUUAAACAAUGCCCAAAAUGGUGGUCAUUGCAGGAUUUGCUCAUUCAGACUUUAUCAAAUAAAAACCAAGUGACAUUUGUGUCUGUUUCAAAACAUUAAAAUGCCUUCUUUAUAGUCGUAUUUUAAUGUGCCACCAUUAUCAAGGUAUUCUAAUUUGGUUACUACAUUUGUUCAGUUUUUCUCCCAUCAUUUUAAACUCCAGAUGUUUUUGAUUCAUGUGAGUCCUUCCAGUCCAGAAUAGUUCAGAUAUGGUGAAAUAUAACUCGCCUUUUAUCACAGUUACACAUCUGUAAUGUGUAAUUGUGUGUGUGUGUCAUUCUUAAUAUGGAAUAAUAUUUAAAAUGACCUCAAAUCAGACAGAAGUGCUAAAUGAUUUGUUUCA